CGUUAAAUGUGUUCGCGAGUGCGGAUUUCUUACUGUUGACUGUCUGAUGAAGCGAUAAUCUUCACAGGAGCGAGAGAACGUCGCGAGAGAGACCAAAUCGUCGUGGGGGGCUAUGAAGUCCCCUGUGCGACUGGUCGAGAAGGCCCAUUCGCUCUUAUUUCGCGUUUCUCGACAGUUACAGAUGACUGAAUCUGUGAGCAGAAGGAAUAGUUCGCGAUGUUGCGGCCUGAUCCAUGUUCGAACGCUAGCUCUACUGAUUGCAGUUUUAGAAUCAGCAUUCCUCAUCUAUCAGGGUAUCGCCGCUGUAUCCCACAUCGUCUCCACACCAUCUUCGCCUCAUCACCAUCAUCUUUUGGCUACCGUCUACGCUUUGGCUGUGCUGAUAGCUUGGGUAGCCGUGGGUCUCCUUUUAUUGGGUGUCCUCUGUCAAAUUCCUGCUCUGCUUGUGCCUCAUAUGUUGAUGCAGGUGCUGUUGGUGCUUACCCUGCUGGGAAUGGCAUCGUUUGCAGUUUAUGCCUUGUUUGUUGGUACCUCUCUACAAGUCAGGAUAACAGUGGUUGGUGAGGAAAACGGAGUCGGCGAACCCACUGAUUCUCGGGAUGCUUCUGCGAUGAAAGCAUCUUUUGUGUCGGGCUUUCUAACGGGCCUUUUGGGUCUUUUUAUUGCUGUGUACUUUCUUGCAGCUCUCGUAAACAUAUGGUGUUUCAACGUCGUGCUGGACUGUUAUCGAUGGCUGGGGUUCCAAUUGGAAGAAAAGCAUCGUGCACUCAGUCGCAAGGAUAUAAUACCGAUUACGGGUCUUGAUACCAAGCCAGUUACUGUAAUUCAUUCCACUGAUUUUUGAACAAUUGUUGCCAUAGCAUUCAUCUCAUGUCUUAGGAUGUCACAAAACGUUCCGGUAUUUUUCAGUGCCUAACAUUAAUCGCACAAAGCCAGUAUUUUUUCGUGAUAUUCUCAUGUUAUUUGCGGGUAAUUGGAGUGUUUCUGAUUUUGUACCCUGGCUGUACUUGUGUAGUCGCUAGAUCAAUUUGGUUCAAUCAUCAGGCUGACUGUUAUUCGUUUAUCAUUCAAUAUCCAGUGUUUCUUCUUCUCAAGAUCAAAAGAUCCGAAAGAGUCGAGUUUAUAGCACAUUUGUAAGAUAACUGUUCAGUACUUCGUAAUAUUCUCGUAUUCUGUGCAGUGCGC